AUGGAGAUGAUGGAGAUGAUAGGGAUGAUGGGGGGGGAUGGGGGUGAUGGGGAUGAAGGGGGUGAAGGGGGUGAUGGGGAUGAUGGGUGUGAUGGGGAUGAUGGAGAUGAUGGAGAUGAUCGAGAUGAUGGAGGUGAUGGGGAUGAUGGAGAUGAUGGAGAUGAUAGGGAUGAUGGGGAUGAUGGGGGUGAUGGGGAUGAAGGGGGUGAAGGAGAUGAUGGUUGUAAUGGGGAUUAUGGAGAUGAUGGAGAUGAUGGAUUUGAUGGGGAUGAUGAUGAUGAUGGAGAUGAUGGAGAUGAUAGGGGUGAUGGGGAUGAAGGGGCUGAUGGAGAUGAUGGAGAUGAUGGGGGUGAUGGGGGGAUGAAGUGGGGUGAUGGAGAUGAUGGAGAUGAUGGGGAUGAUGGUGUGAUGGGGGUGAAGGGGGUGAUGGAGAUGAUGGAGAUUAUGGGGGUGAUGGGGAUUAUGGGGAUGAUGGAGUUGAUGGAGAUGAUGGAGAUGAUAGGGAUGAUGGGGAUGAUGGGGGUGAUGGGGAUGAAGGGGGUGAAGGAGAUGAUGGGGAUGAUGGAGAUGAUGGAGAUGAUGGAGAUGAUGGAGAUGAUAGGGAUGAUGGG